AUGAGGAGCAGAAGAAGAAGAUUGCCAAAAUUGAUACGUUUUUUCAAAAAAAAAGUUAUAUCAACUUCUGAAACGCCGUCAACAUCCGCAACCUCAUCAUCAAAAACAGGAGUGUAUGAUGAUGAAACUAUCCUACCAGACAUUGAAGGUGCAAAUAUUCUCGAAAACGAAGAUUCAGAUUUUGAGUCAAGUCUCGAAUCAGGUCCAAUAUUCUCCAGUGACUUAGCGCUUUUUUUAAACACUGAAUUAAGUGAUGAUCUAAAAAAGCAGCUUGUGCAUGUUGGACCGUAUAGGCCCGAAAGGCCUAUAAGUGCUUUGCAAAAGACGACUCAAACCGAUCAUUUAGUGAAGUGUAUUAUAAGAAAAGGACAUCAUCUGGACAGUUGUUGGAACGCUAAUAAGACGGUGGAUAUAUGUUUAAAUGAAGAUAUACAUAGAUUAAAAGCUGUACUGAAAAGGAUUAUUGACGUAACUAGAACAAUUGCCAUGUCUUCUCUGCCUUUCCGAGGUCAUCGAGACAUUUUUUCUUUAGAUGAAAAUAAACUGAAAGCUGACUCCUCAAAAGGCGUUUUUUUAAAUAUUGUCAAACUUUUAGCCAGAUAUGACCCAGUUCUUAAGUUGCAUAUUAAUGGAAUUAAGAAAGGAACUAGACAUUAUUUAAGUAAUACAUCGCAAAAUCAAUUUAUUUCUUUUAUUGCUGAUUCAAUAUUGCAAUUAAUUGUUGAAGAUAUCAAGGACAGCCCAUUUUUUUCAAUCAUCGUUGAUACGACACAGAAACAUAUUAAGCUCAAAGAAAACAAAUUUAAGGUUGAAGAAUCAUUUCUGGGAUUUUACGAAAUGACAGGCCAGUGUGCAAAAGAUUUUGAAAGUGAAAUUUUAAAAGUUCUACAGAAGUAUGAAAUUUCCCUAGAUAAAUGUAGAGGCCAGAGUUAUAAUGGUGCUGCAAAUAUGAGCGGGAAAUACGCAGGUCUGCAAGCUCUAAUCAAACAACGACAACCAAAUGGCGAUUAUUCUACCUCGUUGGCAAAGAUUAAACUCCGAAAUAAAAAGAAAGAAGAAACUGUUGGUUUGGAUAGUAUAAUAUCGUUAAAAAAUAAUUUUUUGUCGGUUGUCAAGUGUUUAUCAAAUUUAACAUUAAUAGCCAAAAAACGCAGUUAUAGAGAUGAGGCCAAGAUAUUACAAAAUAAAAUAGAAAAUUUUGAAUUAAUUUUCUUGCUAUGUUUUCAAGGUACUAUUUUGGAAAAUAUUAAUAUGCUUUCAAAAUGUUUGCAAAAGAAUGACAUUGACAUAGGACAGGCAACAGAUCUAAUAUCAGGAGUUCUUGCCAAAUUAGAGAGUAUCAGAGAAAAUUUUAAAAAUGUGUAUGAGUUAUCUAUUUUAACUGCGAAAUCUUGGAAUAUUGAUCCUCAACUGAAAAGCAAAAGAGUCCGUACAGUCAAAAAAAAUUUUGAUGAGCCAAUUGAAAAUAAUAAAAAUCGUUUAAAAGUUACAAUUUUUAAUGCUUGUUUGGAUAUAAUAUUAACUCAGUUUAGAAUCAGAGUAUUAAUAGAGAAAUAUCCUAACGACUUAACUCAAAAUCUAGGAUUGGAACUAAUACAAUUAAAAAAAUUACUUUACGAAAAGAUUAAAAAUUUUCAUAGCAUAAGAAAGUUUUCAGAUUUUAUUUUUGAAAAAAAUCAAUUACUAAUAAGUAGUAUACCUGAUAUUUGCACUGCGUUCCAGUUGUUUCUAGUACUUCCCGUUACAUCGGCUCAACCAGAAAGGACUUUUUCAAAGUUGAAGAUAAUAAAAAGCUUUACGAGAUCUAGUAUGGUACAAAAUCGCCUUAGCUCAUUGGCCAUAAUCUCAGUAGAAAAUGAAUGA